UUUUUUCAUUCCAAUCAUCUCGUACAGAAUUUAAAAGAAUCAAAUUCUCCACCCACCACCAGCACCACUAUCACCACCGUCCAACCACCACCGUCUGGCCUACACGUAUAAAAGAAAGAAUUUGAUUCUUGGCAUCUAUGCGAGCAAUCUUGGUUAUAAUCUCGAAUGAAUACGUCAUUUUGUGAAGGAAGUAAGGAUGUCAAAUAUACCAACGUCUCUCUCUGAGGUGUGCCUCUCUGUCUCUCGUCUUACCAUGUCCACCGCCGACCCGUGGCCUUUUUCCUGAAACUGUCAAAUCAGUCUCGAUUUUUACGCAUUCAAAUCACAUCAAUUUCGAAAACUUUUGUAUUUGUUUUUGUAAUUUGACAUCGAAAAGGAAAUCAUGAGCAAGAUAAGAGGGUUCAAGAUCAGGAAAUGUUUGAUCCGGUUCACGAGAUGGGUCAUCAGAAAAACAAGGACAAGAUCCGGAUACCAUCGUUUAGCUUCACAGGACGUCUCGUGCAAAAGCAAAUCAAUUUCGAAACUUAUCAAAUGGGGUCGUCGGUUGACGAACGGAGCGAAAUCUCUGUACUGGACAAAGCUCAAAUCGGGAUACAUCCCGCUGGAGAAUGACCCGAUUAAAGAGAAAGCAGUUCAAGUACCGAAAGGAUACUUGGCUGUUUAUGUUGGACAAAAAGACGGCGAUUUUCACCGGGUUUUAGUGCCUGUGAUUUAUUUUAAUCAUCCUUUAUUUGGUCAGCUUUUGAGGGAAGCCGAAGAAGAGUAUGGGUUUAACCAGCAGGGUGGUCUUACAAUCCCUUGCCGCUACUCGGAGUUCGAGCAGGUCCAGACCCGGAUAGCUGCCGGGUCACGUUCCCGGAAGCUGAUAUGGAAACGAAGCUAUUAAACCUUGUUAAUGAUGACGACGACGACGACGAUAGAUAUUACAUAAUAUAAUGGCAGCGAUGGCGUUUCAGGAUUUUUUAUUAGAUAGUGCUUUGCUUUUUUACUUAUUUUACUUUUACUUUUCCUUCUUUAAGCAUUCUGUAAUUCAUCUGUAAAUUUAUACAUGUCCUGCUUCUGCUUUUAA